AUGUGCCCAGCAGGUGGCGGGAACCUACCGGCCGAUCAGUCUGCGCUCCAUCUUGCUGAAGACGCUGGAAAGACUGGUCGACAGGCGCAUCCAGGAGGCGGCACUGAGGUCAAACCAGAUAUGCGCCUCACAACAUGCAUACCAAGCUGGCAGAUCAACGGAGACUGCGUUGCACCACUCCGUAGGCAUAAUAGAAAACACAAAGGAAAGGAAGGAGGACACCUCGGUGUCUUCAUAGACACAGAGGGGGCCUUCGACAAUACUUCCUUUGACAUAAUGGAGAAAGCGGCGGCAUCAUUUGGGAUCGAGGCGUCGGUCACCAGAUGGAUAGCCGCCAUGCUCCGAACCAGAGUUGUCCACUCCACCCUCGGGGACAGUGCGGUAAGGGCUGUGGCGGGGAGGGGCUGCCCGCAGGAAGGGGUUAUCGCCCCUCUCCUGUGGCUCCUCGUUGUCGACGGCCUCCUCACUGGACUCGAGGAGCUGGGGGUAAGGACGGUGGCAUAUGCGGACGAUGUGGCACUGCCGGUAACUAGCAGGGACGCGAGCAUGCUACAUAGCAAGAUGCAGAAGGUGCUGGACUAUGUUCAGCACUGGUGCACAUCGAAGGGUCUAAGGGUAAACCCAGAAAAGACGGAGGUGGUGCACUUUACAAGCAGAAGGAGGGGUAUCUGGCUCGGCAAGAAGCUCAGCUGGAAAAAGCAUAUCGCCAUGCAGACCAACAAGGUUACUAUGACAUACUGGGCAUGCAAGCGAAUGUUCGGAAGCACAUGGGGUGUAACGCCGAGGAUGGUCAAAUGGAUCUACACGGCCUGCAACAGGAAAGCAGUGGACAGAGUAGGCAGGCUUGCGAUGCUGGGCAUAACUGGGGCCCUUAGAACGACCCCGAGCUCAGCACUGGAGGCCCUGCUAUUCAUACAACCGCCACACCUACUUAUAAGGGAUGAGGCGACAAAAUCGGCUGCAAGACUGCGGCUGCAGGGAACCUGGCAGGGAGCCAAGAACGGGCAUGCUAGUGUGCUCCGCGCAGACAGAAAGCUGGAAGGGCUACUGUCGCGCGGUGCUGACAUGGGGGAAACCGUGUCAGGAAAGGACGCGGACGGGGCGCCGCCCCGUGGACUAGUGUGGUAUACGGAUGGAUCACGGGUGAGCGGACCGGCAGAUGCGGGGGUCUGGUCUGAGGGGCCCGCAAUAGCGAGGGCCAUCGGGCUGGAUUCGCACGCAACCGUGCUCCAGAUUGAACUGGCUGCCCUAAGGACCUGUGCCAGCAUGAUCCUGGAGAGAGGGGACGAGGGCAAAAAGAUCUUCAUCUACUCAGACAGCAGACGCGCGCUGAAGGCAAUACUCAAAUACGAGUGUUGCUCUAAGCUAGUGGGUCAGUGCGUAGAGCUGAUGGAGGAAAUUGCCGUAAUUAAUCGGCUCGAGGUGGCUUGGAUUCCGGGCCACGCUGGCAUCAGAGGCAAUGAGAAAGCCAAUGAGCUAGCAAAGAACGGAACCCGAAGGGCCUCUCAGUGGGAAGUGGAGCACGUAGACGUGCACACCGACUUUGUGAAGGACCUGGUCAAGGAGCGUGGGGACAGGAGGAUUGUGGACAGGUGGGACUCGAAGACGGGUGCCAGACACAUGAAAUCCCUCUUGGAAAAACCCACUAGGAAGAUUGCAGAAACUUUGUUGGGCCUAAACAGGGCUAAGCUCCGAGCUAUAGUGGGGCCAGGGGGGGGGGUGGAGCCAGGGGCCAGUGAUGCUUAUCACUAA